AUGGAAAGCCACUCUUACUCUGAGGAUGGGAUCCAACCCCAGAGCCACACGAGUCCCCUGCUUCCCGAACCUGGCGAGCAAUCAUGCUCCACGUCAGAAUUUGGCCGUUGUAUGAAGCCCCCUCUGGCACAGCCAGUGGCAGCUGCUGAGCAGACAUCGAAAAUACCAUCCCAAGGCGAGGGCUCGCUGAGCCAGGCGUCUACUGUGGCGAGACCAGAGGCGCCCGGUCAGAGCCAGGUCGAGCGAAACAAGGAGCAGAAUCACCAGCGACACCAGCUCCAUCCGAUUCAUAGCCCGAAGACCUCAGCCCCAAUGCCCGUCUUCGAUUCCGAGACGCUCCAUCACAGCCACAACUCCCCUCGACAACUAGAGCCUCUGGCCCCUCCAUCUACCUUCCACUACAACCACUUCAGGAACAAUCACAUGUGGUAUACCAGCUCCAGUGCGAGAGACGACUUGCACCAGUUCGGGUACGGCGACUCACCCACGUCCGCUAGCGGCGCGACAACGCAAACCUCAAACUUCUCACCCGCUUCGCCGGCAGCUACCUGCUCAUCUACGGGAAAUAGCUUCCACACCCACGGGAUAAACGACAGGCUCGCACCAGAGAGCGUCUGGCGAGAGCACAAUCUUUCCACCCCCUCGUCAGUCGAUGGGAGCUCUGCGAUCAAGUGCUACCCUGGCAGCAGCGCUGACUCUGAUAUUGAGGUCGGAAGCAACAGUGGAUACGAUAUCUACCCGGACCCUGGCGAGGGUACAGAUCGGCGUCUCGAGCCCCUCGAUCCAGUAGACGACUCCAUCUACACGGAGUUUGAUGCCAUGGCUGGUGAUCUGGCGUCCGGCCCCGAUUCACAAAUGGUCGACCGGUACGGUCUACAAACAAACGGUGGGCGGGCUUCAGAACCGCCCAUGGAGCCCUCCGCCUCGACGAUCCAAGCCAAACCGGAGGAGCCCUACGCGCAGCUGAUUUACAGAGCCUUGAAGAGCGCGCCGGGAAAUUCGAUGUCACUGCAGGACCUCUACACAUGGUUCCAGAGCAACACAGACAAGUGCAAGCGCCAGGGGAAAGGUUGGCAAAACAGCAUCCGUCACAACCUCAGUAUGAACGCAGGGUUCACCAAACGUGACCGAAAACAGGCUUCGGCGGCCGCCGCUAUCAACAUGGCCCCUGAGAUGGGCCAAGCAUCCCUGCAAGAGACUGGUAGCAGCAACGAAAAGCGCUCGACGGAAUGGACAUUGACGGACGAGGCCAUUCGGAGCGGCGUCCAAAGCACGACGCGCUACCGCAACAAGAAAUCGGAGGCCAUCAGAAACAGGGAUCGGUCCCAUGCCGCCUCUCCACAAUCGUCUUACUAUCACCUUGGUCAAGGCACGGUCCCCAGUAGUGCGACAGCGUCACGCAACGGCUACUGUGCUUAUCGCGUCACCAAGCCACGUUCGGGGCUUCGAAUGGCACUCAGAUCAGGCUAUAUCCCUCGCACUUCGUCGCCUGCCGAAAUGUCUUACUACCACAGCACCCUCCUUAGCCAGGCCUCGCCUGCUGCAACUCCCAUUCCAGGCAUGGGGAUGGAGCCGCACCAUUUCGAAGGCCCCUUCACAGCGGACAAGUACGCGAUGAUGAUGAGCGACGGCAGUGGCAUGGUCCACCACCAGCCUACACAAUCUCCUUUUGAGAUGGAAUCGCAGAACCUUUUCCUGACGGACCCCCAUCCGCCACAGCACCUGACUCCCCCAGAGCACUUCUCUUACGGUGACCACGAUAUGCGCAUGGGAUACCACGCCCCCGGCGACACGCACGUGUCGAUGCCUGUCACGACGGCUGAUUUCGACCCUACUCUGACGCAUAGCUUCUGCGACUGGGACCCCCAGGGGCCUCGUUUCUGA